AUGGAAUUAGAAAGAUUACGACAAGCUCGUGAAGGUGAACAGAAUACAACAUCAAAGAAUAGUAAAAUUCCUUCGCAAAGUAUCAGUAGCAACGAUGAAGAUGAAGAUGGUGAAGCAUUUUUUGACGCCUACGAUGAAAGUCAUUCAUCAUAUCAUGAUGUUGAAAAUUCUCAACAAAACUCCCAAUGGUUGGAUACAUGUUCUAGAAAGGAGGCACUUUCUGAAGCAGAAACAAUACUGAACUGGUUUAAAUCACGUCCAUUGCAGUAUCAUUUGCAUUCUCUGCUUCCACAUAUUAUUUUGGAGUGUCUACUUACAUUUCAUUCAUUAGUCCCACAUCCUCAAUUGUCAGACUGGUAUUCUUCUUUACUAAGAAAACUUGAUGAAAAAGUGUACGAUUUACUAAGCAUUCGUUCAAUGAAAUCAAUGUCAAGUGAAGAAAAAACUUCGAACGAUAAUAAGUCCAGUUUUCCCUACUCGGUAUUCUGUGAUGUACUAGCACUGAUUUCUCGAUUGUCAACUGAAAUAACAUGUUUAAAUGAAUUAAUUUCGAAUGCGAUAAUUUGUGGCCAUGGUGAUUUGUUAUCAUCAAACUCAUUUCUAGACGCCUUGUGCCAUUUAUCCAGUAAUAUGAAUUUAAAAGAAAAAGACAAUUGUACAUUCGAACCAUACAUAUUCGGUAGUUGGAUUGAUCUGCCUUGGACUAAAGUUUCUACUAAUAUGAUCUUAGCAUUUCUUGAAACUCUAUUUGACAAAUGUGUGCCUGCUGAAUUAGCUGACAGUGAAGUAGGCAAAUUCCAUUUCACCAGUGUACCACAAACGUGGAUACCACCGAAUCGUCCAGUUGACCUAAGACGUCCAGAUAUGGAAGUGUAUAUAUUUUAUACUGAAUUAGGUUAUCCUAAUCCAUUAGUUAGUCGCCUAGGUCCACAACGUCUAUUCAUUGAAUUGGCUUAUGAUAAAAAGACAUCGAGUUAUACACAUUUAAAAAUGGCUGGAAGUUUUAGUCAAGAUACACAAUUCUUUUAA